UGCCAAUAAAUACAUCCAGGGCCUUGAGCGAGAGACAAUGAUAUACCAACACCUUGAAGGCAGAAGCAUCUCGCCGCGCCAUCUGGGCCAUGGCAUAGAAAAUGCGAAAACCAUCCAGUUCCUGAUCAACCAUAUAGAAGAUGUGACGGAACGAAACAAGGCAGAUCUACCAAUUUGCGCGAAAGCGCUGCGAAAACACCACGCAGGUAAGAAAUCGACCACUUCGACGCAUGGCCUACAAUAUUCUUAGUGCGUGCUGAUGAAAGUGUUCUUUUGUUGACUUCGAAUAUGCGGGAUUCGACAAGGGAAACUAUAGAAAGCCCUACGACAUGAAGCGCAUGUUAAAUACUUUUGACCGUUGGGCGGUAAAUUGAUUCUUCGACCAUGAGCGCCGGGAAAUAUUCCCUGUCCAAUGACGGAUCAAGGAAGCAGGUGAGUUGCUUGAGAUAGGCUACCCCUAAAGUUGUGCAUACUGGUUGUAAGGUUGAUUUCU